AUGGCGUCCAACAGAUUAACAUACAGACGUCGCAACCCAUACAACACACGAUCCAACAAAGUUCGUGUUGUUAAGACACCCGGCGGCGAACUUCGAUACCUCCACAUCAAGAAGGCCGGAACUGCGCCAAAGUGCGGAGACUGCGGUAUCAAACUCCCAGGUAUCCCUGCUCUCCGACCUCGCGAAUACUCCCAAGUCUCCCGACCAAAGAAGACCGUUCAACGUGCCUACGGAGGUUCAAGAUGUGCCAACUGCGUCCGGGAUCGUAUCGUUCGAGCUUUCUUGAUUGAGGAGCAAAAGAUUGUCAAGAAGGUUCUCAAGGAGUCUCAGCAAAAGAAGCAUUAGGGUCGGGAUAUUGACGCGGUUGCUUUGGGUGUUCGUUGGGGCGGAUUUGCAUGGAGCAGCAGGUUUUAGCUGCGCUUAGGGCUUCCUAUGAACCACGAGAAUUCGAUUGCCUGAUACACCUUGAUUGCCCUCGAGGCUUCAUAUCUUGCUACAGAUCAUGAUGUGUGUGCAGAAGUUUCCAAGAGUCAUGAUGCAUGGAGAGCCGUGGAAGUCUCAAGAAUAGAUCUCAUGACGAAUCUUUUCUCAAAAAAUUAUGUUUUGCCCAUCACUCCUUUCUUUCCUGAUUCCUUUCUCUCAGCUUUUUUGGUCUCUCAACUUUGGUUUGUCAAAAUUCUUUCAUCUGAAUACCUUUAUAGCUCGACUCAAGAGCACAAAUUAUUUAUGAGCUCAUGAAUCUCAAAUCAGGCCGACCUCCAACAUUUCUGGAUAUGCUUAUAAUUGGAGAC